AUGACCAACAGCGAAAACAGUAUCUCGGAUCUGGACGAAGCACUCCAAGAGCCUCGCGUUUACGAUAAUGCGUUAAUUGAAAUCGAGGACAGUGGCCUGGCGGCUCGUCUCAAAGCACUAGGAUUCGGCACCGGAGAAAAGCCCUCGACGGCAACGACAACAGCCCCUCUCGAUAGCAUCGGUCGCCUCAACGAGGAUCAGCUCCGCGAACUCGACGAAAAAUUGCAACAAGGCUCUUCCAAAUCCGUGGUCGUCAGGCGCGGCCGCCCUUGGAAGGGCGCUAGUGCGAUAACAAUAUUUUCUCGAAAACCUGACCUCGAAGAGGAUACUCCAGACUCGCUUGUCGACAGCGGGUCCUCGUGUCAACUUGAACAGUCUGAUCCCCAGCCUCCCGAUAUUGAGGUUCCGGAGGCCUUGGCCAUGGACACGCAAAAGUACCGUUUGCCUGACCAUGCCAACGGCAAUGAUGCUGGAUCCUUAUCCGAGAAGGUAUCGGCGAUCCCAACAGCGACAGUUGCUGCCAAGGCCCUGAUAAAUGCCGCCGACCAGAUUCGGAGCUGGAUCUCAAAGGCAUCCGAGGUCAUUUCUGGCCUGGACAGCGACGAUGAUGUGGAGUGGUCGGCAGCUGGAGGCAGGGAAGGGCUGACUGAGGUUGAGAACGCGAUCGUUCGGUUCGAAGAUUUGAUCAACGUCUAUGUCGGCGCCAUUGAGAGGCUUCAGUCUCGCAAAGACAUACAGGAAGUGCCCGCUGAAGAUUUGAGACGCGCUGUGAGUCAAAUGGAAGCCAUUGUAGGGGAAUGGAGCAGCAUUCGGUCGACACUCCAUAAUGUCCGGGGCCAGGUGGAAAUCGCUAUGGAAUGGGAAGAGCUCUGGAACAAUGUUUUGGGCGACAUUCAAAGCGAGAUGGACGAAUUGGCCCGCCUAGUCUUCGAGAUGGAGGAAAGGAGGCACAAGAGCAUCGCAGCGGCGGCGGCAGGCGACGGCGUGGACAUUGCUGAUCUUGAGACAAUCGUCGAGGAUACCCCGCCGCAAAUCACCAAGAGCAAAGCGAACAACCGCCUGAGCAUUCCUUUCUUCUCGACGAAUCCAAGCUCGCCCGGCGCUCCGAAUACCCCGGGUGCGCCUACACUGUCGCAGGAUGAUUCAAGUCUUCUGGCGUUGUUUGCUCGUAUGCAGCCUUUGCGAGCUUCCCUUGAUUUUCUGCCCAUGAGACUCUCGGUGUUCCAGACUCGCGCCGAGCAUGCAUUCCCGACUGCGUGCGAGGAGCUAGAGAUGCGGAGAACAGGGCUGGACGCGAGCUACAAAAAACUCGAGAAGGAUGCCGAAUCGCUACGCAAGGAGCUUGGCGAGGACCGCUGGGUCAUUGUGUUCCGCGGGGCGGGAAGGCAGGCUCAGAAGAUGCAUGAAUCAGUCGAAAGAUCCCUGGCCAAGCUACGCGAGGCUAUGGAUGCUGAGGCCCAGAUGGCCAGUCCGGCACUGAUCAAGAAGUUGGAGAGCUAUGAGGCCAAAAAGACACACUAUGGACCUGCCAUUGAGCGAGUUUUGUCAAUUAUUGACAAGGGCGUCAAGGAUCGCAUCACAGUCAAUGGUGAGAUUCUGCGUCUGCACCUUGAUUUGGAGGCACGGUGGUCGUCACUCAAAGAACAGACACGCGAAAUGGAUGCUGCUUGCGAGGAGCUCCACGCUGAGCGAAAGAGUCAGCAGCUUCGCGAUUCGGUCUCAACCAUGCUUUCGAACGACAGGUCUCCAUUGGGAAGCAGCCAGGCCACCCCUGGCAGUUCGCCGCCGUCGUCCGAGAUCAUGUCAAGCCUGGGUGUCGAACCUCCCUACGCAAAGAACUCACCUCACGCGCAGCGCUCUGCAACACCAGGCACUGCAGCAGCCACGCUUGGCGGUACAAGGGUCAAAUGCCUCAGUCGAUUUGGCCAGUUCGUCAACCUCUUCGAACCGCAGGGCUUCAUUUCAACCGCCAAGAGCUCUUUCUUCUAUGGAGGAGGCCCAUCCCAGCCGGCCAGCGAGCUCGCUAGCAUCGACAUCGCGUAG